AUGAAGAAGAACACGAUGCGGGACCACAGCGAUGGCUCUGAUAUCUCAGACCACUCCCCCUCAGCGUCCAAACCAGCCUUCAACCACAUCGAGCAAAUCCACACCAACGAGCAAGUCCCCGGUCACACCAACUACUACGAAAAAGAUGGCUUGCGCACAGCCGGCGACGGCGAGGACCACGACGCUGAGCAGCCUAUGAACUUCAAGAGACUUAUGGCGUUGGUCGCUAUGGCGUUCCUAUGGACAGGCAGCCAAAUCCCCGUCUACCUCUUCGGCGGCGUCCCCCCCUACAUCUACGCCGACAUAGGCGGCACCGACCGCUGGAUCUGGUUUAUCCUGGCCAACCUGCUCUCCCUCGCCGCCGUGUGCCCCUUCGUCGGUUCCAUUUCCGACAUUGUCGGCCGCCGGUGGGUCGCCAUGAUCGGCGCGUGCUUCCUGAUCCUCGGCAUGAUCAUCUGCUCAACCGCACAUUCCAUGAAUAUUUUCAUUGCAGGAAUGGUGUUUAGCGGUGUGGGCGCGGGCAUCAACGAGCUUACGGCGUUGGCGGUGACGAGCGAGCUUGCGCCGACAAGUCAGAGGGGCAAUCAGAGUCCGGGGGCGUGGAGGUGGAUUGGGAUGUGGUGUGGUCUCUGGGCUUUCAUCGGUCUCGUCUUGACCUUCGUGUUCUACCACCCUCCUCCCCGCGUCAACAGCGUGGGUAUGAGCCGCAGAGAGGUUCUCGCGCAGAUCGACUACAUCGGCGGUUUCCUGUCUGUUGCCGGUAUGAUCUUAUUCAUGAUGGGUAUGCAGUGGGGUGGCUACCAGUACAAGUGGUCCAGCGCACACGUGCUCGCGCCCUUGAUCCUGGGCGUCGCUUUCCUCGUUGCCUUUGUCUUCUGGGAAGCUUACGGAGCCAAACAUCCCAUGUUCCCCAAGAGACUUCGUCAAGAGCCCCGGAUUCUUGGGCUGACACUUGUUAUUACGUUCAUCUCUGGAGCCAACUUUUUCUCGAUCCUCAUGUUCUGGCCGACGCAGGCGUUCAACGUUUAUGGUCAUGAUCCUGUUGGUGUUGGUAUCCGGGGUAUUCCUGUUGGGUUUUCGAUUCUGGCUGGGGCUUGUAUUGUGCUGUGGUUGCUGUCUUUGCUCCGCGGUCACAACAAGGAGCUUUUGAUCGUCUCGUCGAUCAUGAUGACGGCAGGCUGCGGUGCUCUUUCUAUCGGCCGUGUGGACAACUUGUACCAACUGUGGGGAUUGUUGGUUCUCGCUGGUCUCGGCAUUGGUGGUAUCGUUGUGCCCGCAUCCAUCAUCUCCACUAUCAUCUGCCCAGACGACCUGAUCGCAACAAUCGCUGCUCUUACCCUUGCCAUCCGCGUCAUUGGUGGUUCGAUCGGAUACUGCGUGUACUACAACGUCUUCAUCUCCAAAUUUGUUCCCGCCGCAACCCACUACAUCGGCGGCGCAAUGGUGACCAAGCUCAACAUCACAUCGCCUGAGAUCAUCGGAGAGGCAAUCGCCAUUACCGGCGGAUCGCUUCUCCCGCUUCUCCAUGAGCUUCCGGGUAUCAAGGACGUGCCGGGUGCGUAUGAGUUGGUCGUGUACGCUGGUCAGCUCGCGUACGCCGAGGCGUACAAGUACGUGUACUACGUGAGCAUAGCGUUUGGCGGAGUCAGCAUCAUCGCAGCAUGCUUCUUGGGCGAUAUCUCGAAGUACAUGGACGAUCAUGUCGCUGUGGUCAUGCAUUAA